CACAAAGCCAUACCGAGCAUCAUGCCCAGCAACUCGCCAUAGAUACGCUGCGAACUUUCUGUGUCGAUACAUGAGAGUCUGAUUAGAUUCAUCUUGCGGUGUCCGACGUCAUGGCAGCUCAAUACCGAGCCGUGUCGACCUCGCCUCCUUCCGCUUCUCCUAGAUCAUCAGUUGGAUCCUCCUUCUCUCGUCCAUCAGGGUACGCCCUCCGAGAUUUGGAGCUGGACUCCGGCGAGCAGCAUGCCGAAGCCUCUGGGUCAUCAAACUCACCUCAAAAAGGUCGACUCGGACGUUCAGAUACAGUCACCUCUUUUGGCGGCUUUGAAUUUCGGGAUAAUCUCUUGCCCUUGACGUUAUCCGGAGAGAAUGAGCAGAAGGGGGAUGAAAAGCAUGUCAGUAUGCUACAUGGUGUCGGACUCAUCAUGGGCACUCAGGUUGGCUCGGGGAUCUUUUCGUCGCCGGGAGUAGUGGUAGCGAAUGUCGGCAGCCCCGGAGCGAGUCUGCUAGUCUGGGCGGCAGCAGCUGGAUUGGCUUGGACAGGUGCGAGCUCCUACGUGGAGUUAGGAUGUGCCAUACCGCUAUCUGGCGGCGCUCAAGCCUAUCUGGGGUAUGCAUUUGGCCCUAUUGCUUCGUAUCUUUACACGUGGACUGCCGUGUCCACAAUAAAACCGGGAUCAUCUGCUAUCAUAUCCCUCAUAUUUGGAGAGUAUAUCAACCGUAUGAUUUACCAUGCGAUCACUGGAGACCCCGAGUCGAUAGUACCGGAAUGGACGUUCAAGAUCACAGGUACCAUCGCAGUCAUCUUGACCUCUGUAUUGAACAUUAUCUCUCGAUCCGCAGGUACAAAGUCGUCCUUCGCAAUUACCAUCGUCAAGACGCUGUCCUUGGUAUUCGUCGGCGUGCUAGCUACGAUUCACCUCGUACGAUAUGGUGCAGGCACCGCAUUGAGCCCUGCCAACCUCUUCCGUGGGACCAGUACUGCUCCCUCGGCAUACGCAAUCGCGUUGUACUCUGGCUUAUGGGCUUUUGACGGUUGGGACGCCUGUGGAUACGUUGCCGGCGAAAUGAACGAUGUUCACCGAGAUCUUCCCAUUGCACUCCACCUUUCCAUGUCCCUCGUGUCAAUCUUGUUCCUCUGUACCAACAUUUCAUACUUUAUCGUGCUGGACCCAGAAACCGUUGCGGCAACCAACACUGUAGCCUUAGAUUUCGGACGCGUCGUUCUCGGUAGACCAGGCGCGAUUCUCUUCAGUAUUCUCGUCUCUAUCAGUGCCUUUGGCGCUCUGAACGCGGCUCUGUUCACCACUAGCCGACUCAUCUACGCAUCGGCUAGGGAGCACUUUCUCCCAGACAUUUUUGCUAAGCUACAUCCUACCCGUCGGACACCAGACAAUGCAGUCGCGCUGCAAGGGUGUCUCACAAUCUUCUUCAUCGUAUUUGGUGGGGGCUUCAGAAGCCUGCUCAACUUCUUCUCCGUGACUGCCUGGACAUUCUUUUUAGUUACUGUCCUUGGUCUCUUAGUCUUGAGAGUCAAGGAGCCGACUCUCGAUAGGCCGUACAAAACUUGGAUUAGCACCCCGAUCAUCUUCUGUGCAGUCGCUGCUUUCUUGCUGUUGAUGCCCAUCUUUGCCGCGCCAUGGGAGGCUUUCGCCGCCUUGGUCUUCAUGGCUUCGGGCACACCGAUGUAUUAUCUCACGGCAAGUUCUCGGAUGCCAAGUGAUCACGCACCUCAAUCGGAGGGGAUCAAGGGAGCAAUGUGGAGCGCUUGGCUCAAGUUUCGCGAAGACAUUGAGAGCAUUCUUCCGAAUCAGUGGACUGGCAGGAUCUCUAAAGACCGGUCCGGUGUGGGGUAUCAGGUCGUUCCGGCUGAGGAGCAUCAGAGCAUGCUGCGCGGACAGACUGUUGAAAUGUCUGAGAGAUGACACGGAUGGGGUUCGGCCAUAAACACAUCGCAUAGUCAUGAU